AUGGUUAAAUCCACGCAGAUCGCACGGCUAGAUGGCCUUAUGCUUGCGGCCUCAGUCGACGAUGAGCAGGUACGGAAUAUCGUUUCUGAUGCAAACAAUUUGAAUGAGCCAGUCGAGACCGAACUCUCAGAGGUCAAAUCGCAGGCCAAAAUGAUCUUCAGACGAUUGAACAGGAACUCCGAGCAGCAGGCGAGCAUUGAGUCAGGCCAAUAUACUCUUCACUACAUUAUCAGAGACUCUGUCUGCUUCCUCUGCAUUUGUGACAAAUCCUACCCGCGCAAGCUUGCAUUCACGUACCUGUCCGAUCUUGCCCAGGAAUUCACCACGAUAUACCCUUCUCAACAAUACCUCUCUGCUACCUUACGUCCAUAUGCAUUCGUCGAAUUUGAUACAUUCAUCCAACGGACAAAGAAAACAUAUCAAGACAGCAGAGCAAGCGCAAACUUGGACAAGUUGAAUGAUGAGUUGAAAGAUGUUACCAAAGUCAUGACAAAGAAUAUUGAGGAUCUUCUUUAUCGCGGCGACAGCUUAGAGAGGAUGGGCGAAAUGAGUGGCCGGCUACGAGAAGACAGCAAGAAAUACAGGAAAGCUGCCGUACGGAUAAAUUGGGAACUUAUGCUGAAACAGUACGGUCCGUUCGCUGGUCUGGGACUCAUCAUAAUAAUCUUCUUGUGGUGGCGAUUUUUCUAA